AUGUACAAGUCACUCGCCAUUCAACUCCUGUUCUCCUCGGUGAUGCUCGUAACUGCAAUGCAACCUCGCUUUGAGUAUCCCGAGGAGGUCCCUGCUCUUGAAAGGCGCCAAGAGCCAGGCACACCUCGCUACCAGUGCCAUGAGGAUUGCGGCCUUCUCAUAACCCUUGGCCGUCAAGAUGGUUACUGUAAGAACUCCGAAUGGAACGAGCGUUACGGGCGCUGCAUGAUUUGUGCCAACACCUUUGGUAUCUGGGAGUACUAUGGAAAUAGUGUUACUAAAGCUGCUAAGGGCUGUGGCCUCUCCCCUAGCCCUAGCCCCUCUGGAACGACGGCUUCUGGCACGAGCGCCGGCCAACCUUCGACUUCUACCGCCCCUGGACAGGCCUCAGACAUGAAGACUAGUUCAGCUGCUCAAACUACUGGACAGAACGAUUCUGCUGUAACGUCCAAGGCUGCUUCCACUGCCGGCCAGAUCAGUAAUCCUAGUACUCUAUCAACCAUUUCGACUCGUGCUAGUACUCCUGGUGUACCCUCCGGGCCUUCUUCAACCCCUCGCCCUAGCGCAAGCUCUACUGCUACGCCGUCAUCCUCCGUUCAGAGUGCCGCUGCAGGCCAUGCCCACUUUGCCACGCCACUUAUAGCCGCUUUCGUGAUUGCCCUGGCUGGUCUUUGCUAG